GGUGGGAGUCAGGAGAAUGUUGGGUAGAGAAUCUUGGAACUGUUGUGCUGGUGGUCAUGUGAACGCACCAUUUGAGUACUGGCCAACAUUUCAGGAUUGUUGUAAAGAUUUCUAUAGUAAAGGAAGCUGAAGCAAUUUCAAAAUUUAAGAAAAAUCAACAAAAACAGACCUUGCAGCAAACCCCAGAUGGACUCUUGGGUUCCACCACAGCAACCUCCACCACAAGGGAGACAUCCAGCCUGGAUGGAAGGCCGUGACAGGGGCCCAUGGAGGGAAGUUGCCCGUGGGCGUCCUCCUCCUCAUUCCAGGCACAACAGUGAGUGGUUUUAUCACCAGUACCCAGACUUCAGGGCAGGGCCCUUACCUUUUCCAGAUGGCAGAGCAGAGUACUACCAUCCAGCCUUUCAUCCACAACUCCAGGACUACACAAAACCAAAUUCAAGGGCAGAGUAUUAUGAAAGCAGCCAUCCCAACAGGUCAUACUCAAGGCAAGGUUAUGAAGAUCUAUAUUGGAACUCUGUGGAAAAUUAUGCGUAUGGAAGUUACCAGAGAUACCCUCAAGUACUGCAGAGUGAGAGAGAUCCAAGACAGAGGGAAACUUGGAGCGAACAUGCAAAUUACUGGGACCAGAGUCAUGACAGAGAUUACCUUCAUGAGGAAGGCAGCAGCUUUGUAAGGCAUGAAAAUGGGACAUCAGUUCGAUCUAAGAAGCACAACUCCUAUGAAGACAGUUACCGUUCAAAAGAAGAAGACCCCUAUGCUGCCAGUUACAGCUCUCCUUUGCAAAAAAAGUGGAUCCAAGAUGAUUUCCAAAGGAACUUUGUGGAAAAUGUCAGUGUCCCAGCACCUGAGCUUCCCUUGCCUGAGGAGCCAAGCCUGCUUCAACAGUAUAAAGAAUCUGGCCUGAGCUCCAGUAGCUAUGAGCUCAGUCAGUAUAUGUAUGAUGCUUCCAACCGUUAUGAAGCAGCUACCUCCUUGGACUGGAGUCCAAUUCAGGCAGCAGAAGACUUGCCAGCUCGUCCUCAUCCUGUGGCAUCCCAGAAGUUUUCCCUCCCCCAUGUCCCUGUGUGCUUUGGAGCUGGAGGGAAGCUGAUCCGAGGAUGUCCUAAUUAUCCAGCAGAGGGGCAACCGGCCCUUGUUGAAAUACACAGUCUGGAGGUUAUCCUACAUGACACUGCUGAGCAGGAGGCAAUGCGAGUUUUCCCAGGACCCCUAAUCAGGGAAGAUCUGCACAAGGUGGACGUGAUGACAUAUUGUCAACGCAGAGCAGCCAUGGGCUGUGACCUGGCAUCCAGCCGAGGGAGAGAUUCCGCCUUGCUUUGGAAACUCCUUCUCCUCCUUUGCAGACAGAAUGGGUCCAUGGUGGGAUCAGAUACAGCUGAGCUGCUGAUGCAGGACUGCAGGCACCGGGAAAGAUACAAAAGACAAGAACCAGCAGCAAAUCUGAUCAAUCUGACAGAUGAGGAGUGGCCGAUGCAGGACUGUGGGACUCAGGACCUCCUUACAGGGGAGAUUGUUCCAAGUGCUGCCACCCCAGGGCAAAAAGUGGAGAAGUUCACCAAACUCCUAUUCUAUGGCAGAAAGAAAGAAGCUCUGGAUUGGGCUAUGAGAAAUCGGCUGUGGGGCCAUGCUCUCUUUCUGUCAAGCAAGAUGGACCCAAGGACCUACAGCUGGGUCUUGAGUGGGUUCACUAGCACUCUGGCCUUCAACGACCCUCUGCAGACACUUUUCCAGCUCAUGUCAGGAAGGAUACCUCAGGCAUCUGUGUGCUGUGGUGAUGAGAAAUGGGGUGAUUGGAGGCCACACCUGGCUGUUAUCCUGUCCAAUCAGGUGGGAGAUGCAGAGCUGAACCACAGAGCCAUUGUCACCAUGGGAGAGUCAUUGGCUGGGAAAGGGUUGAUAGAAGCCGCUCACUUCUGCUACCUGACAGUGAACAUCCCCUUUGGCCACUAUGGAGUGAAAACAGACCACCUGGUGUUGCUGGGCAGUAGCCCGAGCCAGACAUUUGCCCAAUUUUCAAGGUCUGAGUGUAUCCACGCAACAGAGAUCUUUGAGUAUUGUCAGCUGCUGAGGUGCCCCCAAGCUUUCAUCCCCUCUUUUCAGGUAUACAAACUCAUUUAUGCCUCUCGCCUUGUGGACUAUGGCCUCACUGCCCAAGCCUUGCAUUAUUGUGAAGGGGUUGGGAUGGCACUUCUUGCUCAGAAUCAAAACACCUACCCCAUCCUCCAAGAGCAAGUUAUUAAGCUGUCAGAGCAGCUGAAACUCUCAGACCCACGGCUCCUGGAGAAGCCUGAAGGGGAGGUGACUUUGGAACCAGACUGGCUCAUAGAGCUCCGAGCCAGAUGUCAGCAAUGGGAGGAGGAAGAUCUUUCCAGUGCUACACCCACCCACCCAGAGCUUCCCAGAGUCAGUGGAUCAAUACCAGGUUUGGCUCCUCAUUCUGAAUUUGCACAAAGUCAAGGCUGCUGGGAGGAUCUCAGGGAACAACAUCCUGCUGCUCACCUGCAACCAGUGGCCUCAGCUCUGUACCAGCCAGGCACGGAGCAAGGACAUUUGCAUCCUGGAUCUGGACAGCCUAUGGACACAACUGUUGCUGGAACACAGACUUUUCUAGGGACUAGCCAAGGCUCCAUUUCAUCUCCAGGAGAGGUUCCAGAUUACCACUCCCCAUAUUUGUACCAACCAACAGGAAGCUCUUUGGAAUUUCAUAGACCAUACCCUGGUGAUCAGACAAACAUUCUGCAGCAUCAGAACGCUUUAAAUGCUCGGACUAGGACUGUCUCUGAGAGUUCCACCAUAUCCAUGGUGGAAGAUAUCUCACAAGCCCCAGAAAAAAUUGAAGAGGAAGCCACAUCAGAGAAGCCAGGAGUGGAGGAUGCUGAGCACAAACAAGUGAAGGCCUCUGGUUCUGGUUGGUUCAGCUGGUUCCGAUCAAAGCCAAAGAAGGAUGCAGAUUCAUCUAAGAAGGUAUCGGCUGCUUCCUCAGAUUUCCCUGCUCCAAUUUCCCAGGGGAAAGUGGCUACACCACCUUUCCUCUCUCCUACAGAUGGGACAAAGUUUCCUCCUCCUCCUCCCAUUUCACAUCUACCUCACACAGAUGGCAACCCCUUUUCCCAAAGCUUUCUAGGAACCAAAAGACCAGUAGGCCUUAGACGCCGGGAAGAAACCACAUUUCCAGGUGCUGGAGACCAGGUCUCAACGGUAGCAGCCUCUUAUGCUGGUCACCCACAACGGAUUUUUCAGCAAAGCCACUCACCUCAUCCAUGAUGAUUAAAACCCUCUAGGAUAUUUCUAAAACCUUCUAGCAGAUCAGAAGCCAUUCCCACUCCUGAGGUUAACAACCGUCCGAUUUGUUAUGUAGCUCAUUUCCUUUUUUCUGGCAAUCUAGUCCUUCUCCAGAGGGUAUUACUGAGAGUGUUGGGGGGGGGCAAUUACUUGCUUCCCCCUCCUCUUGUUUUUUCUCUGCCUUUUAAAAUGUGGUUAGACUGGUGGUAUGCAGUUGUGACUCAUGUAUAAUGAAGACAGGAUGAAUUAGCAGUAUUUACUUGAGCAUAAAUCUCACUAAUACCUUAAUGUUAGCAGUAUUUUUCAUUUCUCCUUGGCCUGGGAAUCAACAGAUCAAAAACAGGGAGAGAUUAUUCCAGGGUCACCUUUGAUUUCCUUUUGUAUUUCUCAGGGAAGUGAGAAACUGGGGGUUAGGGGGAAGAGCCUAGUUGUCUCUGCAUUGUCAAUCAACACAAUUGGUCAUGAUCCAUGAGAAGAAUAAAUAAGGCAUGAAAUUGGCAGGCA